AUUUAAACUGUAUUUUAGAGAUAAACUAUGUUUUGACGAUAGUUUUGAAGAAAAAAAUGAAGAAGGUAUAACAACUGAAGAUUUUGAUGAUGAUUUACCUUUAACUUCACAAAUGGAAAUUAAAAAUGAUAGUGAUAAUGAUUUCCCUUUAACUUCAGAAAUAGAGAUUAAAAAUGAUGGUGAUGAUGAUUUACCUCUAACUUCAGAAAUAGAUAUUAAAAAUAAUAGUGAUAAUGAUUUAGCUUUAACUUCAAUAAUAGAGAUUAAAAUUGAUAAUGAUGAGGAAAAUUUUGAAAAUGAUUAUGAUUUAAUUUUGGAUGUUAAAUAUGAGCCUGGAUUAGAUGAAGAAUUUUAUGAUGCAUUAUUUGUUGAUGAAGCAGUUGAUAUUAAAUCAAAAAAGAUGAAUAGUGCAAAAGAAAUUGAUAGUAAAAAAAAUAAAAAAGUUAAUGAUGUUGUAAAAACAAUAAAAAAGGUGGAUAAAACUUCUUUGAAUAUUUUUUCUCAAAACAACAAUGAAAUAUGUAUUUACUUUAACAAAGAUUGUUAUUAUGGUGGUCAUGUGGUAAAAAAGAAAAUAGCAAACUUACCUGAGAGUAUUGGCCCUGGUCCAAUUUCCUUGAUUUUACAAGAAGCAAUAACCAUAAUUGUUAAUUUAAAUUCAUUUCCAUGGAUUGCUUUGAAGAAAAUAAAAAAAAAUAAAAAGAUGUUAUUCAACGGUCCUGGUGGUGUUGAAAUGCGGGUUAGCACCAAUGGGACAAGAACUCAAAAUAGUUGCACCGAAUCUCUUCUUCUUCCUGAAUCUAAGAAGAUGGCUGCAACAUAUUGUUCUGCUCUUUGUAAUCUAUUUGGCAUGUGUGAAUUAUUUAUGAAUACUAAAGACAAGAGGUGUCGUCAUGGUUGUAGAUUAAAUUAUGAAGAUAAAACACCACUGUUAAAACCUAAAAUGGAUACUGUGCUCAUUAGUAAAUCAAAAGUAAAAAGGUGUGAAUCUCAUGGUGAUAAUAUUGUAUGCCCUAAAAUAACACUUUCUCAAAUUACUAGUGUUGCUGAAAAAGUAUUAGAUUGGUCAAAUGAAUCUUUAGUGGCAAGGUAUAAGAAUUAUUUGGGGACUAUAACUAGUUUAAAUGCACACGUAACUCGAUUAAACCAGAGUCAAACUAAACUGGAAUCAUCACUUAUAGCUGAAAUUAUAUCAAAAAAAAAUAGUCUUAGGAGAAUGGAUAAUAUGAAAAUAUUCAGCAAUACUAAAUCUAAAGUUGAAACCAUUGAAGAAAAACAAUUUAUAAUUUUUGACGAUUGGAAAACAACUUUUGAAAACUAUUAUCGUCAAAAUUCAAGAUUUCAGAAAUUCAAUAUUGGUAUAGGACAAUUCGAACAUAUUAUGAUCACAUCAAAUCCAAAAUAUUGGUCUUCUAAGGACGUUUAUAACUAUUUGACAAAUGAUUUGUUUUGUAAAGAUGUUGGACUGAAAUUAUAUACAGAGGAAGUUGAUGGUAUAGCAUUUAUGCUAUUAAAUGAAGAACAACUUUUAGUGCGAUUACAAUGUACAAUAAAUUUAACAAUAAGAAUCUUGUGUCAUGUAGCUGAAGUGAAAUAUGUUUGUUUAACAAAAUACUGUAAUAUACAAGUUGAUUAAAAAUUCUACAGACAUUUUCUAGUUUUAUAUUUUUUUGGUUCACCCAUAUUAGACUUAUCAGAA